AUGAAAACUCUCAAGAUAUUCUUAUUGGUAGCUAUGCUCAUGGCUUUUGCUUAUACUCUAUCUGCUACAACUAAAGAAGAAUCAUUCCUUGAGACAAUGGAAUCACAAGGUGAUGGUAGUAGUCAUCAUAAACAAAGCAAAAACGAUGGAGAGAUAAAGUCUUGGGAGCAGCAGUAUAUCUGGGAGGAUUUCUUGGAAAAUGUAGAAGUUGUAGCUGAAGGAUCCACGGACAAGAAAGAUGGUGGUCCCCUAGUUUAG